AUGAGAGAACUCAUACAGGAGAGAAACCUUUCUCAUGUGCUGAAUGUGGGAAAUGUUUUAGUGUUAAAGAAACUCUUAAUAGUCAUUGGAGAACUCACACAGGAGAGAAACCUUUCUCAUGUGCUCAAUGUGGGAAAUCUUUUAGUAAGAAAGAAACUCUUGAUAGUCAUUGGAGAACUCACACAGGAGAGAAACCUUUCUCAUGUUCUGAAUGUGGAAAAUGUUUUAGCUGUAACUCUUCUCUUGUUUCACACCAGAGAACUCACACAGGAGAGAAACUUUUCUCAUGUUCUGAAUGUGGGAAAUGUUUUAGCUAUAACUCUUCUCUUGUUUCACACCAGAGAACUCACACAGGAGAGAAACCUUUCUCAUGUCCUGAAUGUGGGAAAUGUUUUAGCUAUAACUCUAAUCUUGUUUCACACCAGAGAACUCACACAGGAGAGAAUAGUUUCUCAUGUUCUGAAUGUGGGAAAUGUUUUAUGA